AAAAAAAGAAAAAAAGAAAAAAGAAAAAGGGAAUUGCAUCUGAAGACUUUGCAUGCGUUUUCUCCAACUUCAACUACGUUUCCCCCCUCUUCUCUCUCUUCCUCUCUCUCCAACUUACGUAGGAGAACAAAAUCAAUUCCAGAUACCCAGUAAUUCAAAUCCCAGCAUUUCCUUAAAUAUAGGCAUUGCGAAUUACUAGAUUUUAUCUGCAUUCUUGAUCACGAGAUAUAUAGAUUUGAUAAUUAACGUGCCUCUGCCAUUUUUAUCUGCAUUCUUUGGUUAAAUGAAAAUUACCUUUCCAAAAAUCAAACAUUUUCUCUUCCACUCUAACUUUACGGUUUAUUUUUUGGCUAGUUUCUCAUGUGCAUAUGCAUUUCAAAUCCCUGAGUUGCAGCCUUCAAAGUCCAUUUUAUUCGUGAAUUUUUCUACAAAUUUUAUUCGUACCUUUUGGAAUGUGAUAACCAAUUCUAUUCUUUUCUUUUUUAAUUUAUGCACUUCCAUUCAUUUGUUUCUGCGCAAAUUGUAGAUUAUUUGUGCUUAAUGUUCGUUGAUUGUUCGAGACAGCGAUUAUUGCCUUUGAACCUCGAUCAUCUGCAAAAGCGGUUAAUUUCGGAUUCAUUCUUCAUGCUUAAAUAUGAACCUUUUGGUCCGCGUAAGCGAAGCAAAAAAUUUACCUGCGAUGGAGUCGAACGGCUUUACCAAUCCGUAUGUUAAGCUAGAAUUGGGGCGGCAAGCGUUCAGGAGCAAAGCUGUGAAGAAAUGCUUGAAUCCGUCGUGGUCCGAGGAAUUCAUAUUAAAAGUUGAUGACUUGAAGAGAAAGCUUGUUGUAUCUGUUUUAGAUGAAGAAAGGUGUUUCAAUAAUGACUUUGUUGGGCAAAUCAAAGUGCCCGUAGCUUGGGUUUUCGAAGCCAAGGAUCAGUCUCUUGGCACUGCUUGGUACACUCUGCAUCCUAAGAGCAGGAAUGCCAAGAACAAGGAAUGUGGCGAAAUUCUUCUCACCAUUUGUUUGUUGCAAAAGAAUAUGCCAUUAGACGUGCCUCCUACCAGUGAUUCUGUAAUGUUGUCAAGGAAAUAUGCUGAUUCUCAGCACGAUUCACCCUCAAUCUCAAUGUCUUCCUCAAUGGCAUCUUCUCCUAUGAGGUUUGAGGAAGAAGUCCCGUCUAAGGAGGAAAAGGUUAAUGCACCAACAUUAGCUGGUCGGAUUGCAAAAAUUUUCAAUAAGAAUAUAGAGACAACAUCCAUUAGCUCUAUUGAAACAAGUGAUGUGUCAGAGGCUGAAAGUAUUGAUUCGGUGAGUCUGGAGCGCAAGUUUGGGGAACCUUCCUCAUCGGUCGAUUUCGAAGAACUAAUGAGAAGUCUGGAGACGAGAGAACAGAGUGGUGAAGUUCCAAGUUGUUUACCUGGAGGGGUAGUUCUUGAUCGAUUAUAUGCAAUAGCUCCUCGUGAAUUGAACUCCUUACUCUUUUCACCAGAUUCAAGCUUUUUCAAGUCUUUGGUAGACAUGCAAGGAUCGACUGAUUUACAAGUAAGAGCAUGGGAAUUCAAUAAUAAUGGUGACAGCCUGAAACGAACGGUGUCAUACAUUAAACCACCAACCAAAUUGGUUAAAGCUUUGAAAGCCACAGAGGAGCAAACAUAUUUGAAAGCUAAAGGUGGGACUUAUGUUGUUUUAGUCGUUGUGAGCACCCUGGAUGCUCCAUAUGGAAAAACUUUUAAGAUAGAACUUCUUUACUGCAUAACUCCUGGCCCAGAGCAGCCAUCGGGGGAGCAAUCUUCCCAACUGGUUGUUUCAUGGAGAAUUAACUUCUCGCAGAGCACUAUGAUGAAAGGUAUGAUUGAAAAUGGAGCAAGACAAGGCAUAAAAGAAUCUUUUGAUCAGUAUGAUAAAAUUUUAUCCCGCACUGUAAAGCCACUUGAUCUUAAAGAUUUAGGUUCGGAGAAAGACCAACUUUUGGCUUCUCUCCAGGUGGAGCAUCACUCUGAAUGGAAAUUGGCAGUUCAAUAUUUUGCUAAUUUCACAGUAGUCACGGCCAUUUUCACGUGGUUAUAUCUGCUCACGCACUUAUGCAUGGUUAUGCCUAGCAAAGUUCAGGGUCUCGAGUUUGUUGGUUUAGACUUGCCGGAUUCUGUUGGUGAGAUCAUAGUAAGUAUUUUGUUGGUUCUGCAAGGAAAACAAGUGCUGAAGUUAGUGUCCCGCUUCAUGCAAGCGAGAGCGCAGAAAGGAAGUGAUCAUGGAAUCAAAGGAAAAGGAGAUGGCUGGUUGCUCACUGUUGCCUUAAUUGAAGGAAGCAAUUUGGCAGCACCUAACUCGACUGCAACAUCAUCUGAUCCUUAUGUGGUGUUUACUUGCAAUGGAAAAAGAAGAACCAGCUCUAUCAAGUUUCAAAAGUCAGAACCUCUUUGGAAUGAAAUCCUUGAAUUUGAUGCGAUGAAUGAGCCUCCAUCUAGGUUGGACGUGGAAGUUUUUGAUUUUGAUGGGCCUUUUGUUGAACCCUCAUCUCUUGGACAUGCUGAAAUUAAUUUCUUGAAAUCUAAAAUUUCGGACUUGUCUGAUGUCUGGAUACCUCUACAAGGGAAGUUGGCUCAGGCAUGUCAAUCAAAGAUACACUUAAGAAUUUUCUUGAACAGUAGUAAGGCUAGUAAUAUUUUCCAAGAUUAUAUAGCUAAGGUGGAGAAGGAGGUUGGCAAGAAGAUAAGAUUACGGUCUCCUCAGACAAAUUCAGCUUUCCAGAAGCUUUUUGGGCUGCCCCCUGAGGAGUUUCUCAUCAAUGACUUCACCUGCUACCUGAGACGUAAAAUGCCUCUCCAGGGCCGUCUAUUUCUUUCAGCAAGAACGGUCGGGUUCCAUGCAGAUCUAUUUGGUCAGAAAACAAAGUUUUUCUUUCUCUGGGAAGAUGUAGAAGAUAUUCAACGUAUCCCUCCCACUCUAUCAUCAAUGGGAAGUCCUGUCAUCAGCGUGAUCCUACAACCUGGAAGAGGAACUGAUGCACGGCAUGGAGCGAGGUCACUAGAUGCAAAAGACAGGCUGGGGUUUCAUUUUCACUCGUUCGUAUCUUUGAAUGUCGCUCACAGAACAAUCAUGGCACUCUGGAGAGCUAGAGCCUUGCCACCUAAACAGAAGGAGCUUAUAUCGGAGAAAGAAUCCGAAGCACAUGAUGUCCGUGCUUCUGAAGACGAGUCCAUCCCUGAAGCCAUCCAAGCUGCGGAGGAGGAACUUGAGGUUAAUGGUGAUCUGAUUGAUGAUGACGAUUCUGAUGCUAAAAGCGUCCAGACUGAGGAGAACGCUUCUUUUCAGGGAGUUGAUGAUGUUAACGUGUCCAUGGUUUAUUCUGCCAUUUUACCACUUCCGACUAGUUUCUGCAUGGAAUUGUUCAGAGGGAGCGAGAUUGAGGAAAGGGUGAUGGAGAGAGCCGGAUGCCUCAACUACACUCACAGCCCGUGGGAAUCCGAAAAUCCAGACGUGCACCAGAGGCAGCUUUACUAUAAGCUUGAAAAAUGCAUACCUCUCUACAAAGGGGAAGUCACGAGUACCCAGCAGAAGCUUCGGCUCUCUGUUAAAAAUGGUUGGGUCAUCAAUGAAGUCAUGAGUCUCCAAGGCGUCCCACUCGGUGACAAUUUCGCACUUCACUUAAGGUAUCAGAUCGAGGAUCUCUCCGCGACUUAUGCAGCUUGUAGUGUUCAAGUGUACCUUGGAGUUGCAUGGCUCAAAUACACCAGAAACCAGAAACGGUUCACAAAGAAUAUCACGUCGAUUCUAAAGAAGCGUGUGAAGCUCGUGUUUAGCGUAUUGGAGAAGGAAUAUAUUUCAAAGUCGUAGACCUGUUUACGCCUGGAGCAGAUUCUAGUCGUGGUCGAGCAAAUAUGUCAUACAACUGUGAAGCAGAAAUCUGGAAUGAAACACCUGUUGUUAAACUAUAUAUCUACCAUGAGAAGAAGCCCGGGCUAGAAGAUGUCGUAGCUUGGGACAAAUAUGUUGAUACAACUCAGAAUGGGACAGAGUAGGGAAUUUCAAAUUGGAAGGCGGAAAGGUAAUUUUAUUUUUCAUGUUUUAUUUUUAGGAUGAGUAAGUCAUAGGGAAAUCUAUAUACAUGGGAAAUCUUAGCCAUAUUAGAUGGUAAUGUUCUAUAAAAUUUUAAUACACUUUUGUAUGUAAAAUCAAGGUUGUAUAUAUAGCCUUAAUGAAAGAAUAGCUUCCUAUUUCGGUCUA